AUGGACAUUGGUACUCAGCACUCGGAUCCUUGUAUCGGCACGGCAGGGAAUGAGGGCAGCUGGGAAUAUGAUGCUUGUACAGAACCCUGGCCCGACGAGCUAUCCCGUCCACCGAGGUUCGACGUCCACGGCUGGUUCAGGGAUAUGUUCUCGCCACCGCGCAAACGUGCCGUGCACUCCAUUUUAAUGGAUUCCGAACUUUGGACGGAAAGUAUGGAUGCGAAGGUUGACGAGCUGAUGAAUUCGGCGGCCAAUAUGGCGCUGACGCGGAAGACACCCCGUCUCGAGCGUGAAGAGGUUUUGGAGUAUGUUGCCGUCAAGUUUCUCAAGGCGUCGGGUCAAGAGCUUCAGACGGCGAUGGAAAGGAAAAGGGAGUUGCUUUUCCAAAGGGAUUUGGCGAGGUGGAAGAGCGAGCUGCUCGAAGCGCAUAAUAGUGCCGAAGAUGCUGAAGAGUUUGCGGCCGACCUGGUGCCGAUAAUGACAAUGAUAGCCGAUUUGAUUGCGCAAAAGUGCUCGGGCUUAUGCGCCUUCUACUACACGGGCCCACAUGAGGUGCAUUAUGCCGAGGGUGUUUGUGACCUGCCUGGGCGGGCUGUCAAAAGCUUUGCUACCAUGGAGUCAAGCCGGGCCCUGCACCUGAGCAUCCUGUCGCAGAUCACGACGCAAUCGAGGCUGGUCAAUGCCUACAAGUGGGGCAACACAAAGGAUGGUCAACCGGCAGGGGAAGCGGCAUCCUCGGGCGACAGCUACGACGAUGCAAUGAUCGUAGACGAGAUUGGUGUGGCGGACAUUGGCGGUAGAAGAGAUGAAAGCGCAGGACUGCCAAUGGAGAAAUGGCGUAUUGCUACACCCGAUGGACCGAUGGCGGAGAUUCAAGGAUCGGCAGCCAUAUACGCUGUUGUGGCCCGGCAACACGAGAAGAAUUGCCAGGCGUUGUGUGCCGUCCUGGAAAAGCGUAAGGAGUGGUUUGCGUCAUUGAAGAUGACGCCCUACCUCGUUGCUGUGCCGAAGAGACUACACGGCGGAGUUGACAUCGAUUUAGGGUGUGGUGUUACUCAAGCGUAUCUGAACUUCGAGAUGAGUAAUGCAGAGGAAGGCGCUAUCGUGAUGAGGGCCAUUGACGACGCCGGACAGUGGCCUGUGUACACUUCGGACCUCAUAGGCAAGAGGUUGCGGGUGGUGUGGAAAAGGCGAGCGGAGGCGGGCAAAGGUCGCAUGAAGAUGUUAGAUCACGACGUGGACCAGUCUCUGCCACGUCAAUGGGCCGCGCAGCAGCCCAGCGAGCGUCGAGGAGACGGGGACAUGGUGAUGGUCGGCUCCAAAGACACAGUCGGACAUCUUCCAGCCGGAGCUGACGGCGUGCGUGUCUUGGUGGUGACGCUUCUGUCGUGGGGGUGGGAUAUCAAGGAAAAUGGGCGGCAGAGUGAGGUGGCGGUCUGGGAGAGCUUGGCUCGAGACUAUAUUGUUGUUUUGGAGGCGUUGGCGAAGCAGGCAGGAAACUUCAAAGCGCCGCAGAGAUCGUACAACAGUCGCGCUGAAGGCAAACGGAUACCCAAGGUAACUGAGAAGGCGAAGUUAUGGGCGGAGAGCAUGGAGAGCGAAGAUGAAAACGAUGUUCAGUAG